GAGCUUUCGCGGGCUUUUUGGCCACGUGAUUCCAUUUCGCGCGGAAUUCGGGCUGCGUCCGGCGCUGUGAGCAGGAAAGGGGGAGCGGUGAAGAAAAGCGGCAGAGAUGGCGGAUUCCUCAGAGUCCAAUGUGGCAACCAGCCCUGCGCACAGCUCUCGUAGGGGAGAAGCCUUCACUUCUAGUCCUGGGAGAGAUCUGCCCCCCUUUGAGGAUGAAUCUGAAGGACUCUUGGGAACAGAGCAGCUCCCUGAUGAAGAAGAAGAAGAUGGAGAAGAGCUGUUUGGAGAAGGGAUGGAAAGGGACUACCGCCCUAUUCCAGAGCUUGAUCGCUACGUACCUGAAGGCAUGGCUACGGAUGAUGAAGAUGUGGAGGAACUGACUGCCAGCCAAAGGGAAGCAGCAGAGAGAGCAAUGCGGCAGAGGGACCGUGAGAUGGGCCGUGGCCCGGGCCGCAUGCACAGCGGCCUGCUUUAUGAUAGCGAUGAUGAAGAUGAGGACCGUCCUUUGCGAAAGAGGCGCCUUGCUGAGCGAGCUGCUGAUGGCGAGGAUGAAGAUGAAGACAUGAUUGAGAGCAUUGAGAACCUGGAAGACAUGAAAGGGCACUCUGUGAGGGAGUGGGUGUCUAUGGUAGCGCCUCGGCUUGAGAUCUACCACCGCUUCAAGAACUUCCUGAAGACUCAUGUGGAUGACCAUGGCCACAAUGUCUUUAAGGAGAGGAUCAGUGAUAUGUGCAAAGAGAACAGAGAGAGCCUGGUGGUGAAUUAUGAAGAUCUGGCUGCUCGGGAGCACGUCCUCGCCUAUUUCCUUCCAGAAGCCCCAGCGGAAAUGUUGAAGAUCUUUGAUGAAGCGGCCAAGGAAGUAGUGCUAGCUAUGUACCCCAAAUAUGACCGGAUUGCCAAGGAAAUCCACGUCCGCAUCUCCCAUCUGCCUCUGGUGGAGGAGUUAAGAUCACUCAGGCAGCUGCACUUGAACCAGCUGAUCCGGACGAGUGGAGUUGUGACGAGCUGCACAGGGGUCCUGCCCCAGCUCAGCAUGGUCAAAUACAACUGUACCAAGUGUAGCUUCAUCCUAGGGCCUUUCACGCAGUCCCAGAACCAGGAAGUAAAGCCAGGAUCCUGCCCAGAGUGUCAGUCCGUGGGUCCCUUUGAAAUUAACAUGGAAGAGACGGUCUACCAGAACUACCAGCGCAUCAAAAUCCAGGAGAGCCCAGGGAAAGUGGCAGCGGGCAGGCUCCCUCGCUCCAAGGAUGCCAUCUUGCUUGCUGACCUAGUUGACAGCUGCAAGCCAGGAGACGAGAUUGAGCUAACUGGAAUAUACCAUAAUAAUUAUGACGGAUCUUUGAAUACUGCCAAUGGGUUUCCCGUCUUUGCGACAGUGAUCAUGGCAAAUCACAUUGCCAAGAAGGAUAAUAAGGUGGCUGUUGGGGAGCUGACAGAUGAGGACAUGAAGGUCAUCGUAGGCCUGUCCAAGGAUGAGCAGAUUGGAGAGAAAAUCUUUGCCAGCAUUGCUCCUUCUAUCUACGGACACGAAGACAUCAAAAGGGGCCUGGCUCUAGCCCUGUUUGGAGGAGAACCCAAAAAUCCAGGAGGGAAACAUAAGGUCCGUGGUGACAUCAACGUCUUGCUUUGCGGAGAUCCUGGAACGGCCAAGUCUCAGUUCCUCAAAUAUGUGGAGAAAGCGUCCAGCAGAGCGAUCUUCACCACUGGCCAGGGAGCUUCCGCUGUCGGUCUGACCGCUUACGUGCAGAGGCACCCCGUGAGCAAGGAGUGGACCCUCGAGGCAGGAGCCCUUGUGCUGGCAGACAGGGGGGUUUGCUUGAUAGAUGAAUUUGACAAGAUGACUGAUCAGGACAGGACCAGCAUCCAUGAAGCCAUGGAGCAGCAGAGCAUCUCCAUCUCCAAGGCUGGCAUUGUCACAUCUCUGCAAGCUCGCUGCACCAUCAUUGCUGCUGCCAACCCCAUAGGUGGGCGCUAUGACCCUUCCUUGACUUUCUCAGAAAACGUGGAUCUGACAGAGCCCAUCAUAUCUCGGUUUGAUAUCCUCUGUGUGGUCAGGGACACAGUGGAUCCUGUACAGGACGAGAUGCUGGCUCGGUUUGUCGUCGGCAGUCACAUCAAACAUCACCCCAACAGCAGGGACGUUGCGAACGGAGACUCCCAAGAGAUUGUCCUCCCAAAUACUUACGGCGUAGAACCCAUCCCACAGGAGAUCCUGAAGAAGUACAUUAUUUAUGCAAAGGAAAAAGUCCACCCAAAACUCAACCAGAUGGACCAGGACAAAGUUGCCAGGAUGUACAGUGAACUCAGGAAAGAAUCCAUGGCGACAGGAAGCAUCCCCAUCACCGUGCGGCACAUUGAGUCCAUGAUCCGGAUGGCCGAGGCCCACGCCCGCAUGCACCUGCGGGACUACGUAGUGGAGGACGAUGUCAACAUGGCCAUCCGGGUGAUGCUGGAGAGCUUCAUUGACACGCAGAAAUUCAGUGUCAUGAGGAGCAUGCGGAAGACUUUCUCAAGGUACCUUGCCUUCAGGCGAGAUAACAACGAGCUCUUGCUGUUCAUUUUGAAGCAGUUGGUGUCGGAACAGACAAUGUACCAGAGGAAUCGCUACGGCGCUCAGCAAGAUACCAUUGAGGUGCCAGAGAAAGAUUUAGUUGAUAAGGCUCGCCAGAUCAACAUCCACAACCUUUCUGCCUUCUACGACAGUGAAUUGUUCAAGAUGAACAGGUUCAGCCGCGACGUGAAGCGGAAACUGAUUGUGCAGGCAUUCUAAGGCCAGCAAAUUCCUGAGUGGCUCCGGAUAAUAAGAAUUUAGAACUGUGCUUCCGCCAGUGGUGCAGUGGUACACAGGCUGUUGCAAAGCAGUAUCACAGGGAAGAUCUGGAUUAUCUGCUACGAAGGGCUUGUGCAUAGAAUAGAAUGGAGCCAAAUACUCAAACUCCUAAGCUUAAUUGUAGCUGAGCUUGCUGGAUGAAAUGUUGCAGGAAUGGUUUCCUGCUGCCCCCUAAGUUUUUGAAAUUUGACUCCACUUGGGCAGGUUUUUCUUCUUCAAAUUACCUUCCUAGAUUGAUUAAACUUUAGCGGGUAGGGGUUGGGCACCCAGUGACCAGACACAGUUGAAUUCUAGCUCCCAUAGUCCCUGACCAUUAGCCGUGUUAUCAGGGACUGAUGGGAAUUGGAAGGCUACACUGGGAGAGCCACAGGCUAGCCAACCUGGUUGCAAGGUUCUGCCCUUCUGUAACUGGGAAUGACUUUGUUUAGGCUAUCCAAACAAGCAGAGGGAACGUAAGCGCAAGUUGUACUCCAUCUCUCUCCAUUUAUUAUACAGCCCAAAGCUGAGCGCACAAACUUUUCACACCUUGAAGAAAUGUGUUGUUUCUGCACAUGAAGAUGGCUCAUUGAUCUUCUACAAGGUAGUGGUGUGUAGACCCCUCUUCAGACACAUGAAAACAAACAGGCAAAGCAUUUUCCCUCUUGAUUUGAACGUAUAGAUAACGUUCAUAAGUCUGUCAUUGAAUUAACAGUUCCUGAUCUAUUGUAUGUAUGAAAAGCCCAAGUGGUGUGUUCAGAGACAGAUUUAAACUAGAACUUUUCUUCAGACUACAGUGUAUCUUGAAGUACUUCUUUCCUAUUUUGUAAGGCUGCUAUGCACUUGUCUAGCAGGAGGCAGGUUUUGUGAAGUUUGUUUUGAAAUGGAAAAUAAAAGGUUUUUCCUUCUGUAAGAGAAUAUUAAAUUUCUAAGUUGUUGUGCAUCAACUGCAUGUGCUGCUCUUCAUGGAAUGAGAGAAUUUGCUGGUCUCUUGCUGCCUGAGCUUUCUGGCAAAUUGUUUGUCUGCCCACUCAGCCUGCCUGUGGCAAGCUUAGAGACCCUUAUUGUCUCAUCAAAGACUGAAUUGGAGACAUUUAAGCUCCUUCAUAGUCAUUGACUAGUGGCAAAAAACAAACCAACUCAACAACCACCACUUCACAGCUGGCUGACUUGCUCCCUAUUACAUUUUCAACACUAUAUAAUUUGGACUUCUUUAUUUAACCCCCUGAGUGUUUUUCUAGGUGUCUCAUUGCAUUACGUAAAGAUGUUUCGGAGCCAGUUUUAUAUCUGUUUUUGGCUGGAGGUUGCUCCUCUUCUUCCUUAGGUCAGCUCAUAGACAGUAAGUGCUUUUUAGUGUUCUCUUCCACCAUAUUUUUAGUGCACCGAAUGAAAAUGUUAAAGAGCAGAGCACUAGUCUGUGAAAAUUCAAACCUAGGCCUCUUCCAGAAGCAAAUAUACUUCUAGAAGAAUAACAGGGAUGUGCUAUAUGCCAAUUUUUCAGUGCCUGACUUUUACAUACUCUAAGCUUUUUAAGACAGGACGAAUAAUCUAAAUACAUUGAUGGCUGUGGGGCUUCUGUACCAUACUUAGUUCUGGCAAUACUGAUAGUAACUAGAGCUUAGACUCAAAUGUUCAUGGAAAUGCAGCCAGCUCUUCCAUCGCCACUUCCCACUUAGUGGACAUGUUGCUUUGUCUGGUCUCCUCUGCCAUCAGCCAGCCCCCUUCCUUGCCAACCUUUGUGCCUUAAUGUCUAUUUGUAAUGUUUCCUGAUUCUCCAGAGGUUAAUUUGUUCUCUUCUGCAAGUCUGCCAGUCCACAGUUGGUCCUUCAUUAGUAUCCUGUAUUAUUUUACUCCGUAAACUCCCUGGCCAGAGAUGGUUUAUAUUCUAGUCAUUCUUCUGUCCACUUACUGACCUUAUUGAGAUUUGGUUUGAUGAUGGAAUAAAGUUUUAUAUGCGCAAAUGA